CAUUAAUUUACAUGUAAGACGUGAAAGUUGGUCAUCUUAAUGUUAGAUCGCUUUUGAUUUUGUGAUAUCUGAAAAUUUCGAUAUACAUAUUUGCAGUCACUGAAACUUGGUUGAAUGAUGAUAUCGGAUCUUCGGCUAUCCGUAUUCCCAAUUACAAUUUUAUACAUGCGGACAGAAUCGGUAGAGGGGGAGGUGUCGGCUUCUUUCUAAAAG